UAGGCAGAAGCAUCCAGCUUGCAUGAUAUUCUAAGCAGGACUGAAUCUCCAUGAGACGAAACUUAAAGAAGAGAAUGACCUGGAGUCUCUGGCUCCCAUUCAGUGCUCUAAGAAGAGGAUGGCCAUGUCUGUCCAGGUGCCCCUGAUCGACCUCACUGAGGAGGAUUCCAAGGAGUCCUCCCAGAGCAGCAGUACCACGUCUGCCAGCAGCACCCAGGAGGACCAGAAUGGAUCUCCCAAACUCGUUGAUUGGGAGCAGGAGAGCAGAAUUGCAGGGGAAGAGGUGGAAUACCAGGAUGGGAAAGAUUUUGGAAUUGGGGAGCUCAUGUGGGGGAAGAUCAAGGGCUUCUCCUGGUGGCCUGCAAUCAUCAUCUCCUACAGAGUCACGUCCAAACGUCAGGCAAUCUCUGGAAUGCACUGGGUGCAAUGGUUUGGGGACGGGAAGUUCUCCGAAGUUUCAGCAGACAAGCUGGUGGGUCUGAUGGCUUUUAGGCAGCAUUUCAACCACUCCACAUUUAAUAAGUUAGUCUCCUAUCGACGAGCCAUACACCAUGCCCUGGAGGUUGCUAGGAGCCGGGCAGGAAAGACAUUCCCAGAACCCCGGCCAAGCGGCUAAAGACUAACUUCUGCAACAACAACAAGGAGCGGGUGGAGGAGGACCAGAGCAGAGAGCAAAUGGUUUCCAAAGUCACAAACAACAACAGGAGCC